AUGUCCCCCUCCCCCUCCGUCCGUGCAGUUGCGCGCAUUGCAUUCCUGGCUUCAGAUGCUCUUGUCUCGUCCGAGCCACCUCUUCCAGCCACCUCCCCUUUCACUGCGAGCUUUGCCACCCUUGCUUCCUCGGCCCUCCAGCCCCCUCGCCCCGUGAACCGCAUCCCGUUCGGCGCAGACCCUGGCACGGCACUGUUACAAAGCCACCAACAAAAUAUCUCCGCGACAAGCCUCGUCUCGUACGUGACCCUCUCCCACCGCCAGGUGCUGCAUCACCUCCUGCCACAUCUAGCCGAGCUCUCCGACACCCCCACCGUCCUCCAUGUCGCCAUUGCACCCUCGGACGACCUCAGCGAUGCACUAGUCCUGCGCGCCACUGUACCUCUCUGCAUCUACUCUCGUUCGGCGCAGCAGGCACACGACCAUGCGCUGCUCGCAAGCCGUAUUGCCUUGGUCGAGGGCAAGGCUGUCUUGCACAUUUUCCACGUCGGCACAGACGAAGAAGAGCUCAGUGAACUCGACGAGGGCGGUAUUCACCCGUACCUGCUCGCGGAAAAGGCCUCGCCGAUUUCACCCACCUCACCAAACGGACAUACAAACGGGUUCGCGAACGGACAUGCUAACGGUACCGCAAAGUCAAAGCCCGACGAGUCCGCUGCGCUCUAUAAAGCGUAUGAAUCCGCCGCAAUCUCCACCGUCGCCGUCCUGCGCCGUCCCCUCCGCGCUUUUGUCCCUCGCGGUUCUUCCACCUCGCAUACGGUCAUCUUCACCCUUGGUCCUGUCCCACCGUCCCUUGAGGUCGAGGACGUCCAAUGGAUCGACGUCUCGCUGCUCAAGCCGCUUCCCGCCGCCAAGAUCGCAGCAGCGGUACCCGCUUCCGCGAAGACUGUUCUCGUCUGCGAACAGGUCAGCCGAUGGAGCGUCAAAUGGACGCCGCUUUUCCUCGAAGUCGUCAGCGCGCUCCAGGAUGAUCAAAGGGAAGAGCGACCGGUUGUACGGAGCGUCGCACUCCGAGAUGUCAGCGGCCUCACCGUCCUAGACGUACAGAAACUUCUGCUCAAAGCAGGUGAGGACGCCAAGGAGCGGCUGUCCCUCGGUGCGCCCUUGUCCGAGAAAGCGAAUGGCAGUGCAGCAGCGCCCGAAGUGCAGGCCCCCCAUGUGCCAAAGCACGAAUCCUCGUACACCACACUGCUCCAGACGCUCUUUGGCGAGCGACUCGAGAUCGCGAACGACCCGGCGCUCGUCUCGCAGCUGGGCCCGGUAGCCACGAGCCCCGAGUUUACCCUUGGGCGCAUCCGUGGUGAGGACGAAGCCGUGUCCAGGCUCGCGGUGGACGUCAAGGAGCUCCUAGGCGAGCCCGCGCUCCCGGAGGAUCUGCAUGCGCUGCUGAGUGAAUGGCCACUGCUCAAGGGCAAGAACGACAGCAAGGGCAAGGGCAAGAGCAACGCCGCAGAGAAGGAGAAAGAACUCGGCGACAAGAUCGCCGCCACACUGGAGCUUGCCGCCGCGAAGGGUCUGCUGACGGGCGCCGUGGCAGAGCGCGUCGUACGUGCACGCGGGGUGUUCCAGCAGGCCGCCGGCCUGCGACACAAGUCGCGCUGGAUCAUCGGGAGCGACGCGUGGGCGUACGACCUCGGCGCGUCCGGCCUGCACCACGCGAUCGCGAGCGGGCUCGACGUGAACGUGCUCCUGCUCGACACCACGCCCUACUCCGCCCGCGCGGCCGACCCCGCGCGGCGCAAGCAGGACGUGGGCCUCUACGCCAUGAACCACGGCGACGUCUACGUCGCGAGCGUCGCCGUGUACGCGAGCUACGCGCAGGUGCUGCAGGCGCUCGUCGAGGCGGACCGCUUCGCCGGGCCCAGCGUCGUGCUCGCGUACCUGCCCGUGUUCGGGCUGGGCGACAGCCACUACUGGCCGCGCGCGGAGGACGCGCACUACUACAACAAGGCCGGGCGGGACCUCGAUGCGCGCCUCGCGCAGCUGGGCGCGCAGCGGGUGGUGCCGCUCGGGCUCGGCGACGACCAGGACGCGGACGGCCCGGAGACGGGCUACAAGCUGUGGGAGCCGCGGAUCUGGAAGGCGCUCGGCGUGGACGCGGUGGAGGUGCAGGAGGCGGAGCCCGAGCCGAUCACGAACGAGCACAUCAAGGUCGCGUCGCAGUACCUGCGCGGGACGAUCAAAGAGGGGCUGGCGGACGGCAGCACGGGCGCGCUGGCGCCGAGCGACACGCAGCUGACGAAGUUCCACGGGAUCUACCAGCAGGACGACCGCGACAUCCGGGACGAGCGCGUCGCGCAGGGCGCGGAGCCCGCGUACUCGUUCAUGAUCCGCGUGCGCAUGCCGGGCGGCGUGUGCGCGCCCGCGCAGUGGCUGCUGAUGGACCGGAUUGCGGACGAGCACGGGAACGGGACGUUCAAGAUCACGACGCGGCAGACGUUCCAGUACCACGGCGUCAUCAAGGGCCACCUCAAGUCUGCGAUCCAGGACAUCAACAGGGCGCUCCUGGACACGCUCGCUGCUUGCGGGGACGUGAACCGAAACGUGAUUGUGUCGGCGAUCCCCUCCCUGACGAAAUUGCACGGUCAGGCCUAUGACUUUGCGAAGCGUGUCAGCGAACAUCUGCUUCCCCGGACAACAGCGUACCACGAGAUCUGGCUCGACAAGAAGCUGGUAGCUGGCGACGCAUUGAAAGAUGUCGAGCCUCUAUACGGCGAGUUCUACCUCCCGCGCAAGUUCAAAGUCGCCGUCGCUGUCCCUCCUACUAACGACGUGGACAUUUUCGCCAACGACCUCGGCUUCAUCGCCAUCGCUGACGAUAAUGGUGACUUGGUCGGGUUCAAUGUCUCUGCUGGAGGUGGUAUGGGUGUCACUCACGGUAACAAGAAGACGUAUCCCCGCCUGGGAGAUGUCAUCGGUUACUGCACUGUUGAGCAAGGUGUCGAGGUGGCUGAGAAGAUCAUGCUUGUCCAGAGAGAUAACGGCAACCGCGAAGAUUUGUUUCUUCAGAAUGCCCGUUUGAAGUACACCAUUGACCGGAUGGGCUUGGAAAACUUCAAGGCUGAGGUCGAGCGACGACUCGGCUACAAGCUGCAGGCAGCACGUCCCUUCGCCUUCAACCGCAACGUGGACGACUACGGCUGGCACACGGGCGAGGACGGCAAGCACCACUACACCUGCUUCAUCGAGAACGGCCGCGUCCAGGACGAGCCUGGCCGCGAGUUCAAGACCUGCCUCCGAGAAAUCGCGAAGGUGCACAAGGGCGCGUUCAGAAUGACCGCCAACCAGCAUCUCCUCAUCACCGACAUCGCGACGGAGGAUCUCCCGCGCAUCAAGGCGCUCCUUGCCGAAUACAAGCUGGACAACCUCAACCACACCGGGCUGAGACUCUCGUCGUCAGCUUGCGUUGCGUUCCCCACGUGUGGUCUUGCGAUGGCCGAGUCGGAGCGGUAUCUCCCCAUCCUCAUUGACAAGGUGGAGAAGAUCUGCGAGGAAAACGGCCUCCGCAACGACUCUAUAGUUAUGAGAAUGACUGGGUGCCCUAAUGGUUGUGCGCGACCAUACGUUGCGGAGGUCGCCUUCGUCGGCAAAGCGCCUGGCACUUACGCGAUGCUCUUGGGGGGUGGUUACCACGGCCAGCGACUCAACAAGAUCUACCGAGAAACGGUCACCGAGCCUGAGAUCCUCGCUAUUCUCGGGCCCAUGAUCAAACACUACGCGCUCGAGCGUCUCUCGGGUGAGCACUUCGGCGACUUUGUUAUCCGCGCGGGCUACAUCGCAGCGACGACGGAGGGCAAGGCCUGGUACGACCGGAUGGGCGGCGAAGGCGCGCACCGCGACACCGCUGCAUAG